AUGUGCUGCAUGGCUUCAUCUCGGUCGCUGACCUUGUCAAAGAGGUUGUGCAAGGUCUGGUGGCCCGGAAAUGCGCUGCGUGCGGCGUCCACUGCGAGCUUCCUGCCCCCACCGAAGCGUCCCUGGUCACCGCCCUCGAAGCUUCCAGCCUCGCUUGGACUGGCAUCUCCACAGCCGCGGAAGUCCCGCAAUCCCAAAGAGCUGAAUCGCAGAGCGGGGCUUGCGGCAAGGAAGGCAUCGAAGACGUUGGUUCCGCCGGAGGCGUCCCCCAGAAAGAAAGGUGGAAAAACACAUCGGCACUCCACGGACUUGGAAGAGCUGAAUCGGACACCUGAGCUGCCGGCAGUGCCCAGGUUUGGACAGCGCCAGGCCCAUCGGCUCGCUCAACGACCUAUUGCUGCUCUACCCCGCACCCCUCAGUUCUUCGUCCGCUUCGGUCCACCAAUGACCGCAGAGGACCUGACGCAUGAUGCGCCGUCAGUGCUUGUGGAAUCCAGGAAACUCAUCGAUGAUGUUUUGGAGCGGCGCGACAAAUUGCAGUCUGCACCAGAUUACGUUUCGCCAGACACACCCUUUUGGCGCGUGCCUGCCAAGAAGCGGAACAAGCGGGGCCCUAAAUGGGAGUUCGAACCGCAAGAGGCGCCACAGGAUCAGGCAGAUUUGCAAGGGAUCCUGGACCUCCGAACGGGAGCGGGAGCUGAAGCUUCCUUGGGCAGGACGCCAGGCGGCCGCCGCAGGUCUGAGCCGCUGUCCCCGAGCAAGGCUACGUCCAAGCUUCUGCGGUCGGAAGGAACCGAGCACACAGAGCCCACCGAGGUCACGUAUGCUGCCGAGAACACCAACCCGCAGGAGCUCGCCAGGUCAGACACGGAUCUUGCGAGGGGUGAGGGGGCGAUGGAGGCAAAGGAGGCAAAGGAGGCAAAGGAGGCAAAGGAGGCAUCAGGCACAUCUGGAGCAGCGAGACCUUCACGCCGCCCAGAGGAGAGCCUAAUUGCUACGCUGCGUCAAAAGGCCGCAGAAUAUGCGCAGACUGGCGUCGACCCAGAGCUGCUGCAGAGCUUGUCGGAGGCUUUGAAACACCAUCCCGGGACUGAGCGUGCCGCGAGGAUGCGGGAGAUGCAGAACUGUGACAAGGACUUUGAAGCCCUGGUCAGCGAAGGGAAGGCAUCUGUUUCAAACAUCAACGAGUUAAUUCGAGCGCAGGCAUUGCAAGGUCGCUUGGAGGAUGCAAUGCAAACCCACGACACCAUGAAGCUGCAUGGCUAUACGCCCGAUGCUGAAACCUUUGUGUCCCUUCUUGCGGGAGCAGCCCAUCAGAGAGAUGCCGGACUCGCAAGGAAGAUCUUCUUGAAAAUGCGGGAACAGGUGAUCACUGCCACCCCGAGGGUGUAUGCAACCUUGAUUCAGGCGCAUGUCCGCGCAGGCGACACUGCAUCUGGAUAUGCUCUGUUGCGAAAGAUGGAAGACGAGUCAGUUCAGCCGGAUGUCGUGGUUCACACCGUCCUCAUCAAUGGGCUUGUGAAUGAAGGACAUAUUGAGAAAGCCUGGGAAGAGUUUCAUGCUGCAAGAACGUGGAAGUUGAUUGAACCUGAUGAGGUCUUAUUCACUGUCAUGAUCAAGGCAUGUGCGAUCAUGCAAGAAGCUGAAAAGGCUCUAAACCUUCUGGAUGACCUACGCACCUCUGGGCUGUAUCCCACAGAUAUCACAUAUGGUGAAAUCAUCCACGCUCUGGCAACAACACCUGACCAUGCACGAAAGGCCUUUGACUUCUAUCGCCAGAUGCAGGCUGAAGACUUGCCAAUCAGUAGCUUUGUUUACGAGCAUUUGCUUCAGGCCUGCAGACAGCUGGGAGAUGCCAAGCGAGCGAGAAGCAUCGUGGAAGAGAUGGGGGAGCACAAUGUGGUUCUCAACCCGAACAUGUACUGUAGUUUGGUGGGGCUCUUUGCCACAAGCAUGCAACGGCCGCAUGUGUCAGAUGUAGAGAGGCUGCAAAACCUCCGGCAUGCAUGGGGUGUGGUUUCCGCUGCGCGGGAGGCGUGCCCAGAUAAGCUGGACUGGACGAAGUUGUUGAACGAGGUCUUAGGGGUCUACGUGGCAGGAGGCUUUUCGGAUUUUGCUUUGGACAUGCUGCCGCAGUAUGCCAUCUUUGGUGUGGAGCCUGAUGCAGAGACCUGGGAGCAUUUGCUCCGCAUGCUUGGAGAAAGGGACAUCGGACGGUUCUUCUCCGUCUGGAACAGUGUCCCCAAGCCGCUGCCGGAGGAACUUUACCAGCUAGCCUUGGAGGUCGCUUUGCGCUCCCGGUCAUCUCAGCAAACCUGCGCAAUCCUGGAGGAGAUGUAUGCGGUGCCUGUAUUUCCCAGCCCGCAGUUGACGGAGCGUUUGGCAAGAGCUGGCCGGCAUAUCAUUCAGAUCCACCACCAAAUCAGCAAGUUCAUUGCGCUCAACCGUGAUGUGCGGGUGGCUUCUACCAAGCGAGAGACCGCCCUGCUUCAAACUCACAUGGACGAGCGCGACACGUACCGUGCUGCAGAGGGCUUAACCGUGAGAAACCCGACGCCCGAGCAGGAAUAUCGGGACAGAUAUUUCGACAAGACGCUUGGCAGAAAGCUGUAUGGCAACGACGACUGUGAUGUCCAAGGGAUGUCAAACAUUUUGGUCUCCGUCGUCUCCGUCGUCUCCAUCUCCAUCUUCCACCCGACGUGCACAGCGAGUGAAGGGCGCGGAGUGCAAAAGAAAGCUCGCCUUGACACGUGUUUUUCUCAUGGCUUGUCCUUGGCUGCAUGUCGCCUCUUUGAUUCAGCCACUGCAAGUGCCUUCCUGGUCUUGGCGGUCCGCCUGUGGGGCCGCAUGCGAGUGAAGGGACGAGGUAGCUUUUGCUUACUUCUUGGCUUGCUGUUGCGAAAUGUGGCCGCAACGACUUCAACGACUACAACGACUACAACGAGUUCCACCCAGACACUGUCUUCCACCAACACACUAACCAGCACGUCUUCCACUCAUACGGUGUCUUCCACUCAGACACAGACCAGCUCCACAUCUUCCAGCGAGACACAGACCAGCUCCACAUCUUCCAGUGCGACACAGACCAGCUCCACAUCUUCCAGUCAGACACAGACCAGCUCGACAUCUUCCAUUCCGACACAGACCAGCUCCACAUCUUCCACUCAGACGCAGACCAGCUCCACAUCUUCCACUCAGACACUGACCACCAGCACGGCCACUGCAAUAACCAUGACCACCACCAUGUCUUCUGCGACUCAGACCAGCACCUCGUCUAUCCCGGCAUCGUCCACAACGGUUGUUACGACGACGCUCACGAGCACCACCGCCAUCGAGUAUGUCAGCGGAGCUGUGCAGGCAAAUGUCGACAAUUGUUCGGAGCUCCAGAAGCAAGAAGCCCAAGACGGUCUCAAGGCCGGCAUUGCAACUGUGGCCCAGGUGGCGGCAGCCGAUGUGAGCAUCACUGAUGUGCAGUGCAACGGACGACGUCUCGAGUUUCUCGAGUCCCGGCAGUUGGCCGCGGUUCCGGCCCAGAUCUCCUAUUACAUCACUGUGGUUGCCGGCGGUGCCGACGCAGUCAAGGCGACAAUUGAUGCUGAGUCCGUUGCAGACAUGACUCAGAAGUUAACCACCGCACUCACCAAUGCUGCUGUGGCAAACGUUGCCAUCCAGGUCACCAGCAAGACGACGACCGUAACCAACGAAGUUCCCACCCCUACAACCCCCACGACGUCCACGACGUCUGAAGCCACAACCUCCACCUCCUCCUCAGGCCUUGGAGGCAACCAAAGUGGCGGAGAUGACUCGACGCUGAUCGUUGUUAUAAUCGUCCUUUUUGUGGUGUUGGUUGCUUGCCUGGCUCCAGUGGGUGGCAUUCUGUUCCGCAACCAGGUGCACGAUGAUCGCACACGGCAGCUUGCACUCCUUGACGUCAAAGUUGACGAGUUCGAGCAUCGACUAGAUCAGGUCGAAACACAGGUGGAUCUGUUCAUGGGCAAGUACCAGCGGGAGCUGAGCCGUGGUUCGUCACAAGCCACAGCCGCACGCGCAGAGCAGGAGAAGCUGUCUGAGGCAUUGGACAAGUUCAAAAAGGAGGCAAGGGCCUUUCUUCAAGAGGAGUACACACCGGAAAUGCUGCGACGCCAGCCUCCUCUACUUGAGUCCUCCUCCAGCAAAACCUCGGCCAACUUGACUGGCAAGAAGCCACAGACACUCCAGAGCCGACUGUGGCCCACCAUGCCCCUCACCUCGCCAGCGAUCGUGCGAAAGCAGAGGGACCGGGCUGAAGCUCUGGAGAAGGACAUGACGGCAUUGGGCCAGCAGUUUGCCGCGUUGGUCCGCAAAGUCUUCCCUCAAGGAAUCCCUGAGCUUCCCAACCCAGGUGUCUUCGGCACUCAGCCAGAGCCCAUCAACACCACCCUGGACCAGGAAGCCUCGCUUUUAAAGCCCUUCACGCAUCCGUUGCUGGCAAGGGUUGCUGUGAAAGCCCAUGGUGUGUUGGGAUCUGCAGAGGGGCAGAAAGACCCGAAGCCGUUCACACCUAUCCCUGCAGUGAUCGUGGACCCUGCUGGCUGGAGAUACAUAGGAAAGACAGGCGAUGCCAAAGGAGCAGGUGCUGCUUCUGGGUCCAUCUACGAGUGGCUGGGCAUGAAAAAGACCACUGGCAAGUUCCCGGUGGAGGUGCAUUCGCAUUUCAACACUCAUACUGAAGAGGAAGCGGAAACUCGCGCCAAGUUCUUCGCCUACAACGAAGGAAUGCACGUGAUACAUGUUGUAGGGCCCAAGAUCCGGGACCUUCACGGUGCCCUCCACGACUUGUCACGAACUUAUGUCAACGUUUUCGAUGAGUUCUGCCGCACCUUCGAGGGGCCUGCAAGUACCGGCAGACCACCCAAUCAGGUGCUGCGCUUACUCCCAGUCUCAUCCGGAGUCUUCCUGCAAAACAAGAAGCUGGACCGCUACAUGGCAGAGAUCACGUGGAGUGCGAUCUCCCUGGCCUUUGGCAUGAUGCCGACAGCACAACAGGACGUAAUCAGAAGUUCUUCGAUCGAGGUCUGCAUCUUCAAAAAGUCCGAACUCAAGUUGUACGAGGAGUCCCUGGCAAGAAAGGUUGCGUUGGUGGCAGGCGAAAAGCUCAAACUCACAGAGGCAAUGAGCAGCGUUCCGCAGAAAUUUGGGGGCUUUGACUGGAUCCGGAACAAGAACGGCCCCAGCGACCGUCUAGAAAGACUUGGGUGCUUCAUCAACACGGCUCACGCACUGGCGGGCAGUGGCUACUCGCUGCCGUCAGGUGCGGCUGUGCCGCUGGAUUCGCGGACCUCCGUGCAAGGCACAGAGGUCAUCGAUGCAGGAGCCUUCCAGGCCCAAACCGGCGGUGCCCGAGGCAACAAGUCCUUGAGGCAUGAUGACCUGACUGUUAUGGAGGUCGCUCUCAAGAUACAAGCCUCGGGCAAAGCCACUGUCGCCGUGAAUGCGGCCUCAGCAUACCAAGUGGGGGGUGGGGUCAUGAGUGGAGGCAGGCAUGCUCUGGAAGAAACUUGGUGCACCAUGUCUACACUCUUGCCGUCGCUUCAGAAGAUUCAGUGGCAGGAACGUCGGUCGCCAGACCACUCCCAGCACCACGGGCAUUUCCACCCACACAUCCCAGUGACCUCGUGCAUUCUAAGCCCCCAAGUGCAGGUCUUCCGAGACACCAGUGCCAGGGGAUAUGCUUUCCAGGAGAGGCCCACAGCCCUCACAGGCGUGUGCAGCAUUGCAAUGUUCAACAUGAACUUCCGCGUGAGCGACAGCCCUCUGGAUGCCCCCCACGACUUUGCAGAGUACUGCCGCCAAGUGAAAGCCAAAUUUAGAGCGACACUUGCUUGCCUGCAAAAGCUGAAAGCCUCAGUCCUGGUGUGCCCUGACGUGGGCUGUGGAGUCUUUGAGAAUGACCCAGAAGUCGUGGGGUGCCUUCUGGGCGAAGCCAUACUCGAAUACCCGGGCGAUUUGGAGGUGGUAACCACUGGCAAGCCGGCCUUUUUCAGGGCAAUGAAGGCCACAGUGGAGGCUGACCCGCCGCAGCCCCUGAAAGAGACUUCGGCUACGCCACCGGAGUCGUUCCUCCGAUCUCUGCCGAAGCCAAAGGCUAAGGGAAAGCCGCACGGAGCGCCGCCGACGGUCUAUGGGUCUGCGACUGGCGGCGCUCCACCGGCCAAGUCGGCUCCCGCAGCUCCGGCGGGAGCUCCUCCAGCUGACUCGAGGCCUCCCGCAGCAAAGGGUAAGGCGGCGCCUCCGGCAGAUCCCAAGGCCGCGCCAGCGCCUGCGCCAGCGGCUGUUGCGAAGGCCAAGGCACCGGCUGCAGAUCCCAAGGCGAAGGCUGCCCCUGCAGCUGCAGAUCCGAAAGCGAAGGCUGCUCCUGCAGCUGCAGAUCCCAAGGCGAAGGCGAAGCCUUAG